CUUUGAUCCAGUCUUGCAAAUCCUUGCAUGAGCUGAAACGCGUCCACGAGAAUCUCAUGGAACGGGAGAUCGAUCCCAAGGUGGCGAGCUUUUUGAUCCAGGGCUACGCCAGAUUGGGAAGCGUCGAAGAUGCCAGGCGCGUUUUUGACAACAUCGUUCCUUCGAGGAGAGAUUCCUUUGCAUGGGUGGUGAUGAUCUCCGCCUACGCACAACUCGGCGACACCACAAAUGCCCGGUCCGUUUUCGAUGAAAUGCCGACCAAGGAUCAAAUCUCCGCCACUGCCAUGCUCUCUGCAUAUGCCCGCGUUGGGAAUCUCCGGGAAUCUAAGAGAAUAUUCGCCAGGAUGCCGACCUGGGACGUGCAUUCCUGGACUGCAAUGCUCUGUGCGCAUACCAAAAAAUCCCAAAUCAAAGAGGCAAGAGAAAUUUUCGAUUCAAUGCGAGAAAGGAAUCUCGUAGCCUGGAACGCGAUGCUCUCAGCAUAUGCCCUUUCACGGCAUCUAGAGCAAGCUAAAGACCUCUUUAAGAGAAUGCCCGAAAGAGAUACUAUUUCAUUCACUGCUAUGCUCACCGGAUAUGCCCUAUCUGGUUAUCCAAAUUCAGCGCUUCAACUCUUUAAAUCUAUGGGUGAAUGGAACCAUGUCUCUUGGAAUGCGCUUCUUUCGGCAUUUGCCCAUAACGGGCAUUUGCAAGACGCUAAGCGCGUGUUCGAUUCCAUGCCCCUUCACGACCUCGUGGCGUGGAAUACCCUAAUCUCCGCAUACUCCCACCAGGGCUUGAUCGACGAUGCCAGGGCGCUGUUCGAUCGCAUGCCGGAGAGGAAUCAAUCCUCCGCCACGCUCCUCGUCUCGAUGCUCGCGCAAGCCGGCCAGAUCGACGCCGCGCGCGAGGUUUUCGACAGCAUCGCCCAGCCAGAUCUCAUUUCCAGGACGGCGAUGGUGGCGGCCUACGGCCAGAGCGGCUGCCCGGCACAAGCCAGGGAGGAAUUCGAUCGAAUGCGGCAGCGCAACAUCGUCUCCUGGAACGCGCUCCUCACCGCGCUGGCGCUCAAUGGCCUCGUCGAAGACGCGCGCCAUGUCUUCUUCGCCAGGAUGCCCGAGUGGAACCUCGUCUCGUGGUGCGUCAUGGUGAGCGGCUACUCGGAGCUCGGGGAUUUGGAGGGCGCCAGGGAGUUCUUCGAUCUCAUGCCCGAGCGAAGCCUCGCGUGCUGGAAUGCGAUGCUCUCGGGGUAUGCCGCGGGGGGAUUUCUCCGCGAGGCCGAGGGGAUCUUUUGCAGGAUGAAGGAGCUAGAUCUUGUUUCGUGGACUUGCAUGGUCUCUGCAUAUGCCCAACACGGGCAUUUGCGAAAGGUGGCGGAGAUCUUCGAUACAAUGCCGGAGAGAAAUCUCGUUUCGUGGAACUCGCUCCUGUCAUCCUUCGCACAGAAUGGCGAGUUCGAGGAGGCCAAGCGAGUGUUCGAUCGGAUGAAAGAGUGGGAUCAAGUCUCUCUAAACGCGAUGCUAUCCGCGUAUGCCCAGCACGGGUAUGUGGAUCACGCGAAAGCUUUCUUCGAUCGAAUGGCGCACAGGAACACCGUCUCCUGGAACGCGAUGCUCGCUGGCUACGCCCAAAACGGGCAUCUUCACGAGGCCAAGGAGUGCUUCUACGCCAUGGAAGCUCCGCGCGAUCUCGCGUCAUGGAAUCAUCUUCUUGCCGCUUACUCUCACUCGGGAAACCUCCACAAGGCCAGGGAGAUCUUCGACACUCUCGAGCAGCAGAACAUCCUCACCUGGAACUCGAUGCUCGUCGCCCUCGCUGCGAAUGGCGAUCACUUUCACCUGGCGCUCGAGAUGUUCCACACCAUCUUCACGACCGAUGCUCCGGACGGGAUCUCUCUGACUUGUUUGCUGCUGGCAUGCAGCCAUCGCGGCCAGCUCCGCGCCGGAUUCCGGUGCUUCCACACAAUGGUGGCGGACUGCGGAUUGAAACCCGAGAAGCAGCACUACUGCUGCAUGGUGGGACUGCUGGGACGAGCGGGGCGACUGGAUGAUGCCGAGGAGCUCCUCGCAAGCAUGCCCUUUGUUCCAGAUUCUCUCGACGUGAAUUCGCUCCUCGCGGCUUGCAGUGAUCACAAAGAUGCGAGGCGAGGUGCUCGAGCGACUCGGUCUUUGGGUGUUAACUUGAAUUCCAAGCAUGGAUCGUCGUACGUACUGCUAAGCAACAUGAUACAGCUCCAAGAUCAUGGUGGUGCUGGUGGAAGUUUCAACACGGAGUAUAUAAUUAUAUGAUACAUAAUUUAGUAUUUGGACCUGGAUAGCGAUAAAGAAUCCUAAAGAGUUGGAAGCAUGAUGCAGGGGCGGUUUCCUAGUGCUGGAAUAUUUUUUAGUUAUUUACUUUUAUCUAUUUUCUUUUGUUAAAGCCGCGAGCAGCAGCAGCCUGUGCACACGCAGGUGAGGACACACACAUUGGGAUUAUAAUAUGUUUUUCUAAGUAUAAAGUAGGGAAGGAAAGAAGAAAUU